AUGGAGCUCUCAAGCAACGCAUCCCCUCAGAGCCGAGCGCCCUUGGCGCUGUCAGAAUUGAUGGCCCAGAUACCACCACGCUCGGACACCACACAUCCCUCCGACAAGCCAGCGUCGAUCAAACAAACUUCGAAGCUAGAUGCUGUCAAAGAGCCGACACAGUCACCUGUGCCAGACGAACCACAAACACCAACUACCCAGCUGCAAUCCCAGCAGACAUCACCACCACCGUCAACCCAAGAGGAAGAAGAUUCCUCACCUCCACCCACCGACUGGCUGGCCACACGACAGCAACUGCUUCCGCGAAAAACCCAAGGCAAGAAAGCAGACUGGAUCCGCGGCUGGAGCGCCGCAGUCAGCAGCCACGGCGACGCCGCCUAUUGCGCCUGCUCAGAGCCAAUGGAAAGCAGCAGCAUCGGCAGCGACAACCGCGGCCGCGUAGGCAAAACCAGCGCCCAGUUCGCCGACAGCGUGCGGACCGCCCUACAAACAGUCGUCAACCCAGGCGGCAAAAACUUCACCAAGCGCGUGAUCAGCGGGCUGCUCUUGCGCGUGCGGCGGCCCCAACGGAGCCAGAGCGCGCACAAGCGCGACGCCGGCGAUGUGCCAUGGCCGGACGGCUACCAGCCGCGCUGGGCGAGCACAGCGCACGGGCAGAAGAGGUGCAUUGCCCGGCCGUCUAGCCAACCCCUUUCUGCGCCCGUGUCGGCGCCCGUGGAGAAGUUGAGGUCGGUUUCGCGCGGCGAUGGUGGGGGUCGGGGUGGUCCUCUUGGUGGCAGGGUCUUGAGUUGGUUUGGCGGGGAGGCGCGGUCGGUGAAUAAUCGCAAUGGUAAUGAUGGUCGAGAUGAUGGUGCGAGAGGGGUGGGUUUCUCCACCUCCUCGUCGUCGUCGGACUUGGAUGGCAUCACCGACUCGGACCAACACCACCGGCGCACGGCACUGUCAAGGAGCAUGUCCCGCCUGCAGCGGGCGGCGGCGCUGCUUCAGCGGGCGACGAACCGGCCUAAGGACUAG